AUGCUUCUGUCACUGGCUGGGGUGAUUGUGGUGCUAUCCAGCCAGUCGCUUGUCUCUGCCUUUUCUCUACGCGACUUCACAAGGAGCUCAACGAAGCGCGAUGCUGCAGAAAAAUCCAACUGCCCCACUUGGCAUCCAUUUGAAUGCCCAAGCGGUGAAUGCGUUCCGAUCAAAUAUCUCUGUGACGGGUCCCCGGACUGUUCGGAUGAGUACGACGAAAACAAGAGCAUGUGCACUGCAGCCACACGCCCUCCCGUAGAGGAGACGGCCCAGUUUCUAAAAGCAUUGAUGCACGCCCAUGGCCCGGAUUUCUUGGUGAAGGUUUUCGGAGAGAAAGCCCGAAGCGAGUUAGCCGGCAUGGGAGGCGUCGACAAGGUCGCCGUGUCGCUGAGCCAAUCGCCAACCCAUGAUGUUUUCUCCAAAGAAUUUGGAUUGAGCCAGGAAGAUGACGAUGGAAUGGUCGGAGUUUUCGAGGGAGUUUUGUCUGGAAAUCCGGAGCAGUUGACGGCUAAUGAGGCGGCCGACUUCCGUUUCUUCGUCCAAAAACUGCAAGAGACCGGCUUCUUC